UUCUAUACAUAAAAAAUAUCUUACAUUGCUUUUAUUUAACGUUUUCGACUGACUGAGAUUGAAUCGCUUCCGGAGUGAUUAGCGACGUCAUUUUGAUAAAUUAAACGAUGUGAUUGAUCAAUUUGCCGAACUGACGUCAUUACUCGGUCAUCAUUCGCUCCGGAAGCGAUUCAAUAAUAUACCGAUUACACGAUCGAUCACAUGAAAGAAUCACACGUGUGCUAACAAAAACCGCGUUUCUCUGUUUACACGUGCGUCACAAUGAAUCUUUUUUUUAAAUAUAAUCUUUUUUGUUGCGUCGUCAAUCUUGCGUGGUUGACUGUGUGCACCACGACGAUUACAAAGGAUCCGACUAUGUUGAUUGCGAUUCUAAUCCGAAACAAAGCGCACACAUUGCCAUAUUUUCUGAGCCUGUUGGAGCGACAAGAUUACGACAAGAAACGAAUACGUCUUUGGAUACGCAGCGAUAACAAUAUCGACAAUUCAAUAGAGAUAUUAAAUAAAUGGAUUGAUUCAGAAGGUGAAAAAUAUCAUUCCUUAAAUGUUCACUUGAAUGCUACAUCUAUAGGAUUUCUGGAUGAGAAAAAUCCAAUUGAUUGGUCGCCUGAUCGAUUCAGGCAUAUAAUAGAUUUGCGUGAACAAGCGCUUGUUUAUGCAAGAGAAAUAUGGGCGGAUUUUAUUUUGAUGUUGGAUGCUGAUGUUUUCUUGACCAAGUCGAACACUUUACGCAGUUUGGUUUUUAAGAACCAGACUGUUGUGUCACCUUUGCUGAGAUCGGAUGGUAUGUACAGUAAUUUCUGGGCUGGUAUGACGCCGGAAUAUUAUUACAUACGAACGGAACUAUACGAGCCGAUUUUAUUUCGCGAGAAAAUUGGAUGUCACAAUGUGCCCAUGAUCCACAGCGCAGUUCUCAUAGAUUUAAGAAGAUACGAAUCCGAUUAUCUGACUUAUAAAGCUGAGAAACUAAUUGCCUACGACGGACCUGAAGACGAUAUUAUAACUUUUGCUGUAGGAGCCAAUAAAUCAGAUGUGCCAUUGUUUAUAUGUAACGACGAAGUCUAUGGUUUUGUCAUGGUGCCUUUAGAGAAACAGGAAAGCAUUGUAGAAGACAUGCAACGAUUAAUCAAUACAAAAGUAGAGAUGUUAGCUUUUAAUGACUAUUUGCCAUUGUCGGACAAUCUGGCUGAAUUCGUGUCAUAUCCGGAAAAGGACACUUUAGGUCUGGAUCAAAUAUAUAUGAUAAAUUUGUUAAGAAGACCAGAGAGACGCAGAAGAAUGCAGAGACUUUUCAAGGAAUUAGGUAUCUCAGCGGAAAUUAUUAAUGCUGUGGAUGGUAGAACUUUGAACAAAAGUAAGUUGAAGGAAUGGGGCGUGACACCGAUGCCAGAGUACUCGGAUCCCUAUCACAAGAGGCCGAUGACGAUGGGUGAGAUUGGCUGCUUUCUAAGUCAUUACAUCGUAUGGCAAAAGGUUCUCAAGAACGGUUACAAGAACGUUAUGGUGCUGGAAGACGACGUUCGCUUCGAGCCGUUCUUUCGACAGAAAAUUGAUUAUGUUCUUGCGGAGCUAUCCGCACUCGGAAAUCAAUAUGAUUUAGUAUACAUAGGAAGAAAAAGACUGGUGAAAUCGGAGAGUUUGGUAAAAGGUUCUAAGUUUCUGGUUUAUGCAGGAUAUAGUUACUGGACGCUUGGUUAUAUUUUGUCAGAUCGUGGAGCAAAAAAAUUAGUGGACGCUAUGCCUCUAACAAAAUUGGUUCCUGUUGACGAAUAUCUUCCAAUUCUUUCGGACACGCAUCCUACGGAACAGUGGGCGGCUCAAUUUCCUAUUCGUGAUUUAAUUGUAUUAUCGACAAAUCCACUUCUGGUUUAUCCGACGCAUUAUACCGGCGAAGAUGGACAUAUCAGUGAUACGGAAGAUUCUAUCCUCGUACAGAAUUCUUCAGCAACCACCAAAACGGAAAAUCGAGACGAACUAUGACUACUUAUGAGAAUUUAUACAGAAAUAAUUGUCUAGUCGAAGAGAUCUGCUUGUUACCAAAUUUUUUGCAAGAUGCUAUAACAAAUUUGGAAACUUAGUCAAAACACAUCUGCCAUAUACACGCCAUAAAAACAUAUUAUUGAUCUAAACUUUAAUGAAAUAUAUAUAUGUUAUAUGUAUAUAUAAAAGCAUUUUAU